AUGGCGGCGGCCACCAGGCUCCGCACCAAUGCUGUGUUCCUGGUGGUGCGGGCCAGACCGCCGCAUGUUGACAUCAACAUUGGUGACGUGAGCAGAGUUGUGGCCGGCUUUGUUCGCAUGCCACCAAACGAGAUGCGCACCACGCGCCACCGCCCGGAGGACUUCAUGAUCGUUUUCGAACAGGCUCACCAGAGGACCCUGGCACUCCGCGUUGGUGCUGUGCGGGUGAAGAGCGUCCUCUUCAACAUCAUUCCAUGGCGCGAGCAUGCACAUGGCGGGGAGGUCACCUGGUGGUAUCACGUCAGGAUGGCCAUCGAGCACCUACCUAGGCACGCAUGGAACCUUGCGGCACUCAGGGAGAUGCUGGGCGACAUCUGCCUCUUCGACAAGAUUGACCGCGCCACUUUCCGACAUCGGAUGAGUACCCCAGGAUCUACAACUUUGAAGACUGGACUCCUGGCGUGCUGGAUGGCCUCCGCGCGAGGCCAAGGGCAGAUGCUUGCCACCCACUUCCUAGGGCCGCACCGGCUGGAGGACAUGAUGGUGACAACGGAGAUGGCGAUGGCUAGCGGGCCACUCUCGGGCUUCCUUGCUCGGGCAGGUGCAGCACUCAACUCGUCCUUGCGCCACUGGGACUCCACCAGCAAUGGAGGUGGUGCCAGACAGCGCACCCGCUCCCCACCGCUGACCAGGCAGUGGAAUGCUGAUGAGGGUGUGGAGACACCAGAACGAGCUGGUCAUGGUAGGUACACAGUGCUUGACGGCCACAACUCCCCUCACAUGCGUGACCCGCUGCGGCGAGAGGAUGCUGACUGGGAGCACCGCAGAUCACGCUCCCCUACGGCCAAAUCUCAACGCGGGGAGGUGGCCAUGGACUUCGGCAAGGGGGACCUCGGUUCUGCCCUGCUCUUGGGGACACUUCCUAGAGCGGUUGGAGCGCCACCACCGCCACCGAGGCACCCGGACCCAAUGCUGAACUUCUACAAGGAGACGUGCACUGGUGACCUCUGGUCUGCACCCACCCGCCCCCUUGGUGACUACGACCCAAUGAUCGGGGAGGCGCUGGCAGCGUGUGAGGCUGCGAUGACCAAGCCGCUAUCUUUCUCCCCGCCUGGAAGCCCAUCGCUGGAGGAGCAGCGAUCUCCGGUCUAUGUGGCCAACUGCAGAGCCAACUUGGACAAGCUUGUGGAGCUGAACGAGGAGGCGACUGCCUUGGGAUAUGGCAAUGUCAUCCAUUUCGGACCUGGGGUGCAGCAAGAGAUUGAGUGCCAGGUGAUCACAACUGGCAUCACCGAAAAGGUCGCAGAGCUCAUACUGGAUGACCGUAGGAAUACCAUUGUCGAGAGCAUGUUUGUCCCCUGUGAACAGCCUGUCCUGGCGACACCGACUGCAUCGAAGCAGAGCAGCAAGGAUACUGGGCGGACGAAGGUGAUGAAGACUACAGUGGGGGCUGAGGAGGAGCACCAGCGGUGGCAAAAGUGUCUUGUGGAUAGUCAUGGGCAGAACUUGAGGUUGAGUUGUGCUCAGAAUUGGAAUGUGCCUGGCACCCUUGGACUGUUAGAACAACGGGGCUAG